GGCUGAUGCAAUUGAAGGUGUAGGUGAAAAUUGUAGUGAGCCAAAAGAGGCAGCACUACAAUGGAAAACAUUUAAAAGGAACAAAAAAAAUACCUCAAAAAGUGAAAAUUUGUGGGUGCUUAGUAGCGGGGCUUCCAUGGAUGAAGAUGAGGAAUACAUAGCUAAGGCACUCCAUAACGGGAAAAUUGUAACGGCAGAAAAAGGCGGUUCUUCUGCAUCAAAGGUUACACAUACAUCGAACAGUGAACAGUUAGAAAUUGAUACAAAUGGUAGAGAUAGGGGAAAUACGAAAGUAGGUGAGGAAGAUGGAAAAAAGAAGAUAGGCAAUGAAGAAACAGGAAAGGAAUCUUUACGUUACCCAGCGAACCAUGAUGGAAAACCAUGGGUACUUUUUGAUACCUCGCGUUCUGAAAUAAUUCAGAAGAAGGGGAUACGAAAUGGCUUGUAUUUAUGGGCCAAAAUAAAAGGCUGCAAUAUUGAAGGUAUUGACACUAUUAGGGCAAUCGGGGUGACGUUAUACAAAGUUUUAUUUGAAAAUGUUUUUUAUGCAAAUAGGUGCUUGAAUAAUGAAAAACUAAAAAGUGCAAAUAUCAGAACCUUCAUACCGAGGUCUUUUCUAGAAACGUAUGGGGUAAUAAGAAAUAUUCCGGUAGAAUACUCCGAUGCAGAAAUUAGAAGUGGCUUAAAGUCGGUGGUAGACGUUACCUCCAUUCAAAGAUUCACUAGAAGGGAGAACAAUGAAUGUGAAAAUAGAGUUCCAACUCUAUCUGUGAAAAUUGGUUUUGCUGGGGAUCAGCUGCCAAAAGAGGUCAUCUUAGACCACACGAUCUUAGAAGUAACACAAUUUUUUCCGAUGUUAAGGCAGUGCUACAAAUGCGGCAGAAUAGGGCACACUCAGAAAACAUGUAGGUCGGAGAAGAGAUGUCUCAAAUGCGGAAAUAAAGGUGGUUGUGUUACCAACUGUGGUAUACCUAUGUGUGUUUUAUGCGGGGAUGCAAAGCAUAACGCUUUCGACAGGGUGAACUGCCCAACCUGGGAAAAGGAAAACAACAUAAUCAAAAUUAUGACCCUGAAGAAACAGACAAGAAGAGAGGUACUCACUGAGUAUAAAGCUUCCACUGGAAACAGAUUUGAACUGUUAAGUGAUGACCAUUUUCCGGGACUAGACAAUGAACUGAACCCGUUCAGAGAUAACCAAUGCGAGGUAAAUAGAAUUAUGACGCCAAAUACUUAUGCGUCCCAGGUUAAAAAAAAUAGUCAAAAGCCGUAUAGGCGAAAUAUACCACAAGAAAGACCGGUACGGCAAAAAGCGACUCAGCAAAAUCAGCAGAAGAAUGGAGUGGCCUUUAGCCAACCAAACUUACAUGCAGUGUCAGAGUUGGAAAAAAUAACCACUGAAAUGUCCAAAUUUGCGAGGGAUGCUUUCAGACAAAUCAACUUUCCUGCGGGUGUAAAUGCCUUUGUCCAUUUCAGGGAAAGAUUAAAGCAACAAUUUUCGAAUUUUGAACUUAAAAAUGUAGCGGAAAGGGGGGAAGUAGAAAAUAGUCAGCAUGAAGAUUCUUCAAUAUAA